CGCAAGGUCAGCCCCGCCCCUCCGCCGCUGUCCCCGGAAACGCUUCCUCCCCACGCAGCCGCUGCGGCCCCUCGGGUAGCCGGAGCUUUGCCUCUCUAGGCCUGUGAGGCCUCUCCUCCAUGGUCCUGUCUGUCAGCGCGGGGCCAGGAGCCUGCGGCUGAGGCCCGGCCACUCUCGGACGCGUCGAUCUUCGAGUCCGUCGCCGGUGAGUGGAGCCCAGAGGAGCUGGUGGACGGGCCGGGGCCGAGCAGCCGGCGGGGUGCGGGGCGGCCGGGGGCCCCAUGGCGAGGCGGCGCUGACCGAGGCCUGGGCGGCGACCCGGCCCCGCGGGCGGGCAUGGCGGGCCAGUUCCGCAGCUACGUGUGGGACCCGUUGCUGAUCCUGUCGCAGAUCGUCCUCAUGCAGACGGUGUACUACGGCUCGCUGGGCCUGUGGCUGGCGCUGGUGGACGGGCUCGUGCGAAGCAGCCCUUCGCUGGACCAGAUGUUCGACGCCGAGAUCCUGGGCUUUUCCACCCCUCCAGGCCGGCUCUCCAUGAUGUCCUUCAUCCUGAACGCCCUCACCUGCGCCCUGGGCUUGCUGUACUUCAUCCGGCGAGGGAAGCAGUGUCUGGAUUUCACGGUCACUGUCCAUUUCUUUCACCUCCUGGGCUGCUGGUUCUACAGCUCCCGGUUCCCCUCGGCGCUGAGCUGGUGGCUGGUCCAGGCUGUGUGCAUUGCGCUCAUGGCUGUCAUCGGGGAGUACCUGUGCAUGCGGACGGAGCUCAAGGAGAUACCCCUCAACUCAGCCCCUAAAUCCAAUGUCUAGGAGCAGGCCCUGUGGACAACCCUGCUGGAACACCUUGAGGCGCUCAGACCCUCCAGAUGAGGUCCAGCCCAGGUCUCAGAAGAUCCCUGGAAAUGUGAAGUCUGUUGGUGUGAGAGAGGGGUGAGGCCCCGGCACGAAGGCAGGGAGCAGUCAGGAUCAGAGCCGCACGAAGGGCCUCCAUCUACGGAGCCUUGGUGUCUGGGAGGUCAGGAAGGGGACCUCCCUGAGGAUCAUAACAGAAUUGAAACCGUGUCACUCUUGAGCCAUCAUACCUGUCACCAGCCUGUUAUUCUAAAACGAGAACCGACAAAUCAAGGAUAUCUGAUUGGAGCAAACCACUCUUCUAGUCGUGUGUCUCAGCUCCCCAGACAGCUGCUGCCUUGGUCUCACUGCUGAGCCACAGGGACCGUGCUGGAGAAGCCCAUGGUUUCUGGAUCCGCAGCUGCGGAGAGAUGGAGGUGCAGCGCACGAGGCCGCUGGCCGGGAGAGCGUGGCUGAUGGAGGCAUCGAGCACAAGGAGAACGCACAACCUGUGACCUGUUGCACACACGUGUGUGUGCGCCCACGAACCCAUGACCGACUUCCUCCAGUUCCCUCCACCGAGUCCCCACCCUGGUCCCAGCUCUCAACAUGGCAGCCCAAAGGACCCCAAGAAAAGUCCCAGCAUCGCCCCCAGCCUAACUCUCAUAACGAGUUCCCGCCAGCCCCCACUGGCGCUCUGUUCUGGCAGGAGCUCCAUUUUCUUGCCUGAUUUGGAAUUCUGCGGUGAGAAGGGUGUGAUCUGUUGCCCAGAGACAAGCAGCCCAGCCUUCCAGCCUGGGCCACACUGAUAACGCUGACGGAGAUAGGAGUUUGCUGCUAAGAUUUUCCUUUGGGACAGAGUUUCCUCUGUGAGGGGCUUGUGGCUGGCCUUCCUAUGUACAUAAAUGCAGUAUUUUCCACGGUUCUACCUUUACUUUAUAAUGCCAUGGUUGGGGUGGAGAGAGAUUAACACAGCCAGCAAGGGAGCCAUCAAGAACUGUAGGCUUCUCCCAUCCUGGGCCCCAUCUGCUUCAAAUGCUAAGGGCAGGGACCCCCUGUGUCCCAUCCCCUCUCCCUGCAGGUGCCUCAGCCCUGCCUCCGGUGAGCUGCCGUGAGCCUUGGGAUUGCAUCCUGCUCCCUGUGGUUUCUGGUCUAGACGCACUUCUGCGUUGAAACAUCAGCGUUGCUCUUUGGUUUCUCUGGAGCUUGCCCAAGAAGCUGUCCAUUUGCAGCUUCAGAGUGAGGGGUGGGCCCUCCUGGCAAGUCUUUCUAGGCUCCUGGCUCUCAGUCCUGAAGAGCAGGGGGCUGAGGCUGGCCAGGUGAAAGGUUAAAGAGUGAAAGCGCCUGGCAGACCUGGGACAGCACUGGGGUGAGGCACCUCGGUCACUCCGCGUGGUCUGGGACGCUGAUCCCGGCUGACGGGUCCGGGAGCUGAGACCAGCUGGGGUGACUUGGCCUUGGGUGCUGGGUCCCCCCGCCCCCCGGCCACUGUGCACUGCACAGAUGGGUGACUGGUGUCACUCUGAAAGGCAUCAGGACCACGUGUGGCUGCUGCCCUGUGACCAGCUGUGGCUGAAACCCCUCUUUGGGAUUUUCCUCAAGGGCUUGUGCCCACUUCUCUACGUGUCUUCUGCAGUGACAGAUCUCUGUCUCUUGAGUGCUAAUUCGUUUUUGGAAACCACCAAAAAGGGGAGCCAAUUUUUAAACAAGUAACAUAGCGACUGACCUGACACUUGGGGCUAAAAAUGCAUGCCCAUCGUGGGCUGCUUAUGAUUUCCCUGUAUGAUAAGGGCAGUUUCUAGAGGUGAGUCCCGGAGAGGAUGGCAAGGACAGAGACACGUCCUGUCAUUUUAUUAACAAAUGACAUCUGUCAAUAAGUAUCGGCAGUGGCUAAGGGCUCUAUGUCUGCCCUGUCCCGCGGUCAUCACACAGCCUUCUGAAGUAGGGAGCUGCACCUUCCAUGUGUUGCAGGUCAGGAAGCUGUAAGGGGCUUACCCAGAGCUGCCUGUGCGGAGCUGGCAGGCCCAGGGUUUGUGCUCUGGUAGCGAUACCAAUAAGCUCAUCCUGAAGGGGUCCUUAGUUAAGUUUUCGAUUGAUUAAGCAGCCCGUCGGACCUCAGGUCUUCUCAUCCUGCCGUACUUGUUUUGUUUGAAAUACUGAAGAUGAAUAGUGCUUUAUAAAGUUACUGUGUUUCCAAGAAAAACUGUUAGUACAUGAA